AAGCCGUGAGCGCUGUUGUAGGAAAGAGAGGGUUUGGGCUAGGAGUGAUCAUUCGCAAAGAAGCGCGCUGCGCGCGCUUGCGACUCUGGUGGCGUUGCAUACUUACUGCUAGGUAGCUGAGUUUGUAGAGGUAGCUGAAAGUUCGCGUAGUGGAAAGUGCAGCUGUUGCAAUGAAGGCUAGCUUGCUGCUUUUUUGGUAUGCCUUGGUUGUGCUUGCUUGCGGUGAAAUGCAAAUUCGGCGCGAGGCUGGGUUGGCAGCCCCGAGCCUGCUUGCCCCACAAGUUUUCCAAGAUGCAGCCAGUGAAAGCUCAGAGCAGGGCGAAGUUGAUUUUCAUCGGGCUAUGAAUGCUUUAGCGAAGGCACAGAUGCAGACAGGGAAGGAGAGGAGCGACGCGAAUGAAGCACGUUGGCAAUCCCUGCUCCAAACAGAAUCCGAAGCAGUGCGACGGUUGGUCGCAGCGGCGUUCAAAUGAUUUGAGCCGAAUUGCACGAAAGCAGCCCCAAGAUGCUGUCCGGACACGCGACCGCCUGGAAACGGGCGUGCGAAGCCAGUCGAAAGCAGAUCUUGAGAAUGUCAUGCGAGUCAACCGUUCAGGGCAGGGUCAAAAGACCUACCUAGCUGAUCCUUGUUGGGUUGCGCACGCUUACACCGAUGGGGAUAGGCGAAUCUUGAUGAGGGGGAAUUUAAGAUUUUGAAUUGAAUUUGGAACCUAAUCCUCGAG